GCUGGGCACUCAGCGGGGCUCUGGAGCCGGCGGGCGGAGACCGAUCCGGGAUCUGUCCCAGCAGGAAGCGAAUCCCGGGCGCCGUCGUCUCCGGAGCUCGCUCUCGGCAUCGCGCUCUCCCUUGGCGCCCGCAGCCCGGCAUCCUUUCCGCCGCCGCGACCCCUCGCGCAGGGAGAUAGUGGACAACCUUCAAAAUGGAAGACGGAAAGCCCGUUUGGGCACCCCACCCCACAGAUGGAUUUCAGAUGGGCAAUAUUGUGGAUAUUGGCCCUGACAGCUUAACAAUUGAACCCUUGAACCAAAAAGGCAAGACUUUUUUGGCUCUCAUAAACCAAGUAUUCCCUGCAGAAGAGGACAGUAAAAAGGAUGUGGAAGAUAACUGUUCACUAAUGUACUUGAAUGAAGCCACACUCCUCCAUAAUGUCAAAGUUCGGUACAGUAAAGACAGAAUCUAUACAUAUGUCGCCAACAUUCUGAUUGCAGUGAACCCAUACUUUGAUAUACCUAAAAUAUAUUCUUCAGAUACAAUAAAGUCAUAUCAAGGAAAAUCUCUAGGGACAAUGCCACCUCAUGUCUUUGCAAUUGCUGAUAAGGCUUUUCGAGACAUGAAGGUGCUCAAGAUGAGCCAGUCUAUUAUCGUAUCUGGAGAAUCGGGAGCUGGCAAAACAGAAAAUACCAAGUUUGUUCUAAGAUACCUGACAGAAUCUUACGGAACAGGUCAAGAUAUUGAUGAUAGAAUUGUUGAAGCUAAUCCACUUCUAGAAGCUUUUGGAAAUGCGAAGACUGUUCGUAACAAUAAUAGCAGUCGAUUUGGAAAAUUUGUGGAAAUUCAUUUCAAUGAAAAGAGUUCAGUUGUUGGAGGAUUUGUCUCUCAUUAUCUUCUAGAGAAGUCCAGGAUCUGUGUUCAAGGCAAAGAGGAGCGGAAUUAUCAUAUUUUUUACAGGCUGUGUGCUGGGGCUUCAGAAGACAUUAGGGAGAAGCUUCACUUGAGUUCCCCAGAUAAUUUUCGGUAUUUAAAUCGAGGCUGCACCAGAUACUUUGCUAACAAAGAAACUGACAAACAAAUUUUACAGAACCGAAAAAGUCCUGAGUAUGUUAAGGCAGGUUCCUUGAAAGAUCCUCUAUUAGAUGACCAUGGAGAUUUUAUUAGGAUGUGCACAGCCAUGAAAAAAAUUGGUUUGGAUGACGAAGAAAAACUUGAUCUGUUUCGAGUCGUAGCUGGUGUCCUGCACCUCGGAAAUAUUGAUUUUGAGGAAGCUGGAAGCACUUCAGGUGGUUGCAAUCUGAAGAACAAAUCUGCCCCGUCAUUGGAAUAUUGUGCUGAAUUGCUGGGUUUGGACCAAGAUGAUCUGCGAGUCAGUUUAACCACCAGAGUCAUGCUCACCACAGCAGGGGGCACCAAAGGAACAGUUAUAAAGGUCCCCCUGAAAGUGGAACAAGCAAACAACGCUCGCGAUGCCCUGGCAAAGACUGUCUACAGCCAUCUUUUUGAUCAUGUGGUAAACAGGGUGAAUCAGUGUUUUCCUUUUGAAACGUCAUCUUAUUUUAUUGGUGUCCUGGAUAUUGCUGGGUUUGAGUAUUUUGAGCACAACAGCUUUGAACAAUUUUGCAUCAACUAUUGCAAUGAAAAACUUCAACAGUUUUUUAAUGAAAGGAUCCUGAAAGAGGAACAAGAACUCUAUCAGAAAGAGGGCCUGGGUGUUAAUGAAGUGCACUAUGUGGACAACCAGGACUGCAUAGAUUUAAUUGAAGUGAAAUUAGUGGGAAUUCUGGAUAUUCUGGAUGAAGAAAAUCGUCUUCCCCAGCCGAGUGACCAGCACUUUACAGCUGCAGUUCACCAGAAGCACAAAGACCAUUUCCGACUCACUAUCCCCAGGAAAUCUAAGCUGGCAGUCCACAGGAACCUCAGAGAUGACGAAGGCUUUAUCAUCAGGCACUUUGCAGGGGCCGUGUGCUAUGAGACAACCCAGUUUGUGGAGAAAAAUAAUGAUGCACUACAUAUGUCUCUUGAAUCCUUGAUAUGUGAGUCCAGGGAUAAGUUUAUACGGGCCUUGUUUGAAUCAUCCACCAAUAACAACAAAGAUACGAAACAAAAGGCUGGGAAACUUAGCUUCAUCAGCGUGGGAAACAAGUUUAAGACACAGUUAAACUUGCUUCUGGAUAAACUUCGAAGUACCGGAGCGAGCUUCAUUCGUUGCAUCAAGCCCAACUUAAAGAUGACAAGCCACCAUUUUGAAGGCGCCCAAAUUCUGUCUCAACUUCAGUGUUCUGGCAUGGUAUCCGUGUUGGAUUUAAUGCAAGGUGGUUUCCCUUCAAGAGCCUCAUUUCACGAACUCUACAACAUGUACAAAAAGUACAUGCCAGAAAAACUUGCAAGAUUGGAUCCAAGGCUAUUUUGUAAGGCUCUUUUUAAAGCUUUGGGAUUAAAUGAAGUUGACUACAAGUUUGGGCUAACAAAAGUAUUUUUCAGGCCUGGCAAGUUUGCAGAAUUUGAUCAGAUUAUGAAAUCUGACCCUGAUCACUUAGCAGAAUUGGUUAAAAGAGUCAAUCUUUGGCUAGUCUGUAGUCGCUGGAAGAAAGUUCAGUGGUGUUCACUUUCAGUGAUCAAACUGAAAAACAAGAUAAAAUAUAGAGCUGAAGCAUGCAUUAAAAUGCAGAAAACCGUCCGAAUGUGGCUUUGCAAAAGGAGACACAAACCACGCAUCGACGGCCUGGUUAAGGUGGGCACACUGAAGAAAAGACUCGAUAAGUUUAACGAAGUAGUAAGUGCACUGAAAGACGGAAAGCCAGAGGUGAACAGGCAGAUCAAAGAUCUUGAAAUUUCUAUAGAUGCUCUGAUGGCCAAGAUUAAGUCCACCAUGAUGACGAGGGAGCAAAUACAGAGAGAGUAUGACGCGCUAGUUAAAAGCUCAGAAGAGCUUCUCACUGCAUUGCAAAAGAAGAAACAGCAAGAGGAGGAGGCAGAGAGGCUGAGACGCAUUCAAGAGGAGAUGGAGAAAGAAAGGAAGAGGCGUGAAGAAGAUGAGCAGCGUCGGCGGAAGGAGGAGGAGGAGAGGCGGAUGAAACUUGAGAUGGAAGCAAAGAGAAAACAAGAAGAGGAGGAAAGGAAGAAGCGGGAAGAUGAUGAAAAACGUAUCCAGGCUGAGGUGGAGGCGCAGCUGGCCAGACAGCGGGAAGAAGAGUCCCAGCAGCAGGCGGUCCUGGCACAGGAGUGCAGAGACAGGGAGUUGGCCCUGCGCAUUGCCCAGAACGAGUCAGAGCUCAUCAGUGAUGAGGCGCAGAGUGACCUGGCACUCCGAAGCUUGAGUUCCUGCCCAGCAACUUCUAAAACUGAUGGAGCAAGAUCCCAAAUGACACCGGAACAGAUGGCCAAAGAAAUGUCAGAAAUUUUGAGUAGAGGUCCUGCCGUACAAGCUACCAAGGCGGCUGCCGGUACCAAGAAACAUGAUCUCAGUAAAUGGAAAUAUGCGGAGCUUCGUGAUACAAUCAACACUUCUUGUGAUAUUGAGCUCCUGGCAGCUUGCAGAGAAGAAUUUCACAGAAGGCUGAAAGUGUAUCAUGCUUGGAAAUCCAAGAACAAGAAGAGGAAUACAGAAACAGAGCAGCGCGCUCCCAAGUCUGUUACCGAUUAUGAUUUUACACCAUUUUUGAACAAUUCACCUCAGCAGAACCCGGCGGCUCAGCUCCCUGCCAGGCAGCAGGAGAUUGAGAUGAACCGACAGCAGCGUUUCUUCCGCAUCCCCUUCAUCCGCCCCGCUGACCAGUACAAAGACCCUCAGAGCAAGAAAAAGGGCUGGUGGUACGCCCACUUUGACGGACCGUGGAUUGCUCGGCAGAUGGAGCUGCACCCUGACAAGCCACCCAUCCUUCUUGUAGCUGGCAAGGAUGACAUGGAGAUGUGUGAGUUGAAUCUUGAGGAGACGGGGCUCACUCGGAAGCGUGGCGCUGAGAUCCUGCCCAGACAGUUUGAGGAGAUCUGGGAGCGCUGUGGAGGCAUACAGUACCUUCAGAGCGCCAUCGAGAGCAGGCAGGCCCGGCCCACCUACGCCACAGCCAUGCUGCAGAACCUGCUCAAGUAGAGCGCAGGCGUCCAGCCCGGCCCUGGACCGACAGGCGGGGAGGUGGCCGGAAGGGCCGCCGCUCCCUUGCCUCUGGUAGAAAUGCCUUAUGCAAAGUGAACAGAUUUUAGUAAUCAUGGAUUUGGUUAAUUUGUUCAAGGUUAAUUACGGUUGAGGUAGUGGAUUCAGGACCUAAGGAGAGAAUAGCCCUGAUUCCAGCAGUGACCCCUCCCCUCGCCCCACCUCUCCCUGAGCUGUGCUUUCCGCACCUGGACAGAUCGGGAUCCAUCUCACUCUCUGCACACUGACUACCUUAAGUACGCGGUGAUUAAUCUCAAGGACAGGACGUUUUUUUAAAAACAAGUUUUUAAAUGUUUGAUUUUUUUAAAAAAGUGUGACACAGUGCCUUAUAAGUGAGAUAAUGAAAUCUUAGCUUAAUUUUGUGCAAGAAUUAAGGUACUUGAACUGAUUAAGGGCACAGAUGCUUUUGGUCUAAAAGGCCGUAUUUUGUCUGCUUUUUUAGAAAUCUAUGGAAAUGGAUUCCCCCUUAUUGCAGUGUGCCUAGCCCGAUUGAUCCCCAAGUUCAAGGGUUCUGGAAAGAGCCUUAAUGUAGCAAAUGUCUUACGUGCAGAGGCGGUGCUGGGUGUGUGCAGUGUAGACGCGGGUGCUUUCCUACCGUGCUCUGUGUUACUCUUGGGAUCUCCGCUUCCUAAUCCAUGGUCAAGGAAAGGAAAUUUGGAUUACUUGAAUGACUGGAAGCUUUGAUAAUAGCUCUGUUUCCUUUCGGAAGGGACACAGGGUUGAGAUGGUGACUCUACUGGACUAAAUUCCAAUACUUCCCCACUUCUCACCUGUGGUUUCUCGGUUCCAACCUUGUCCAAGUUAUUUCAUGUGAUUUAAGCUGGUAUACUGCUUCAGAGAGAUCUCUCUUUCUCCUUUCCCUCUUCUAGGCAUCUGUUUUGACUUUUGAGACGUGGUAAUCGUAGAGCUGUUUUGUAAACUUUGUAAUUCAGGAGCCCUUGUAUUUAGACCUAGCUAGUUUCACGCUGCAGGUAGGUAGUCUUUAAAACACUCCCUGUGUGUGCUCUUUAGUUAUGAUCAGAUGUUAGCAGCUGGAGCUAAUAUUUAUGACUUUAAUAUUAGGAACUUAAUAAGGACAAAAAUACAUCAAGGAGUUGUGUUGACACCCAAAGGAGUCUGUAUUUUAGAAUAAAAGUAGAAAGUAAAAUUAUUCUUUACACUCCCCCUUGGUUUUAAAUACCCUGACCUUUGAAAUUUCAGUCUUUUUUUUUUUUUCUUUCUUUCUUUCUUAGAAAGAUACCUCAGUUAGGAAAAUAUUUCCCAGCUGAUGAGAUUCAUGUCUAGAAGCUUCGGGUACUGUUGUCAGAAUUGCUCCUUUGAAAAUGUCUCGGUACCGAGGUACUUAUUUAUUAUGACACUGUGGAAAUGAUUGUUUCGUGUUAAGGAAAUUAAACCUCUCUAUAUCCUGAUAAUUGGAAACGUGAAUGGGGUUUUCUCCUGGAGGCUGACUGCUUAGACCCACCCACCGGUGGGUCAUUUAGUCCUGUGAUUGAUGGCAGAAGGUGUAGUUACUGAAAUAAACAACCUGUUCUUUCCCGCUCACCUUUCGCCUUUGAUUGCUGUCUUUAUUUGUGCAGGAUACCUUUAUUUCCUGGUCAGAAUGAAUACAGUCUUUGAAACAAAGCAAUCUAGUGGCCUAAUUGAUUCUUCAUGACUCGUCAGCUUAGCACUGUUUUCUGAAGCUCUGCUAGCUAUGUAUCUUCUGGGUCCGUGAAUAAGCACUAGAUGAAAAGUUAAUCAAAAUUGGGAAUUAUUAUAGUGACAGAACUUAAUUUUUUAAAUAAUUUAUAGGAAAUAUAUGACAGCAAGGCAUUGUUGAAAGUCUUUGUGGGUUUUUUGCCUUUGAAAAUUCACAGUUAUCUCAAACCAUUUUCUUCUUAAUUAUGUCACCCAGGUGUCCUACAGUGUAUCUGUUUCAAAUAAUCUCCUGAGUUAAGUUUGCCAAGCAGGAGAACUGCCCUAAUUCAGGCAGGCUUUGAACCUUCCAUAUGUCAUAGCAUCCAGAUCCUGCCAGGGAAACUUUAGGACAUCAUUUUUGGGGUCACAGCAGACGUGGUGUUCUGUGAGACCUGGAUGCAGCCUCUCUGCCACAUUUUGUGGGUUUAGCUCCACAAAGGCUGUGCAAGAGUUAGAAGCCUCCAAGUCAAAUAAUCUUAUUUUAAUCAGCCGUUUCAAAUUGUAAGUUUAAACCAGAAUACUAUACACAUAGAACUAAUACUUGCCAGCUCCAGUUUCUUCCACAGUGUGUGAACAUUUUAAUAGAAUAUAGAAAAUGAUGAUGGCAAGUAUUUGCAUGUUAAAUUCAGUUGUGAUGCAGUGUCCAGUGCCAGCAGCACAUCUGAGAUGCAUGCUAGCAGGGAGGUGUGCUCUCAGCAAGAACAGGGCGUUUCUAGGAGCCUGGUGUGUUCAAAAGAUGCUGCCCCUUCCCUUCGGGGAGACCACCUGGGCACAGGAGUAUAAGAAGUAAAAUAACGGAGCACCGGCCUACCCUAAAGACAUUCUAGCUAGACAGUGUCUCACUCUGGCCUGUAAAGGGUCUUAACCACAGGCACAAUAAUAUUAUUAAUAAUAAUAGAUAUUUAUUACAUGCCAUUGUCAUUAAUUGCUUUUUUUUCCAUGCUGGGGAUUGAACCCAGGGCUUCACACAGGCUAGGCUCUACCACAGAGGCACCUCCCUGGCCUUCAGUUGGAUAUUUUGGAAGAUAGUUUCACUCACAGGUUAUUAAUAUGGUUCUCAGGGGAUUCAUAUGUGUAGACCUUUGGUUUCUUGAAAUAGCUUUAAAAUACUUGGAUCAGCAGACUAGUUCUUGAGUUAAUCAGUCGGUUAAAACUGAGUUAAUGAUAGUCUUACUUCUUUAUAUGAAAAAGUUGUAGAAAGCCAGGGAGGUAGUACAGUUUGGCACUAGACCAUGAAAAAGAUGCAAGAGCAAAAAGAGUAAAAGUGAUGUUUUGUCUGCUCGGCAAAUCCCUGGAGACUUACAAAGGAUUGUUCCUAUAUUUCCUGUUUGUCCUUAACACCCGUAAAUAACUAUUGAGUUUUAAUUACUCCCAGAAGAUACACUAACAGUGUGUUGGGGCGGGGGAGAGGGAAGAGGACAUUUAACGAGGAGGAUAAGGAUGAGGUGUGGGAGCAGUGAUAGCUACGAGCGCACAUAGGAGUGGAAGAGAAGGGAAACUGUGCAGCCCCUGAAGGCCGCACCUCAGUUGGAAAACACUCCUACAUCCCAGACAGCAACCCCUCCCCCACCCGAGCCCUUGCUGAGGCUUAGGAUUCGUCUUGUAGGUCUAGGAGCAGAAAUUAAAUCUAGUGAACUUAUACGUGGGUCGCCUAGCAUGUAGAUCUUAGCAUGUAAGAAUGGUGGGUGCAGCCCCACUGCAGGUGCCCCGGGAAGAACUGCCGAGGUAGCGUGGACACAAGCUCAUGCCAGGUCGGUGGAGCACCUGCCUGUGUCAAUGCCACUUCUUUCAACUAUUUUGCUCAAAUUCAAAUCAGUGUACUAACCCGUGUAUGAAGUAGCUUUGGUUCUUGGAAGUUUCCCAGGAGAUAGUUAGGAAAAAGAAAUUAAUGCACAUUAAAAACUGCACAGUCUUUAAUCUUAAUUUUUAUCAAUAUAGAAACUCAAUCUCAAACUACAAACAGGCUUCUUAAAAGGCCGCUUUUCACCUCUGGAAACUUGUGUAUUUGUAAUUGUUAAUUUUUUUCUCAUUUCACGAAAAGUGUGUAUCUAAUACUUUCCUAGAAUACUGAUGUACUGGAAAUUCAAAUAAAUGCCUUAUAUGGAGAACA